AUGAGUGAACCACAGGCUGCUACUGAGCAGAAGCCAGAAGUGAAAAAUGGUGCAUCUCCAGCCGAUAGCGCUGCUAAAGCCAAUAAACUCUCCAACAAAGAAUUGAAAGAGCUGAAAAAGAAAGAGAAGGCCGCCAAGAGAUCUGCUAAAAAGACUGAGAGUGGUGUUACUGUAGAGGAUCAACAGGCGAUGGCUCAGGUCAAAAGAGAGAGGAAACAACAACAGAGAGAAAAGCAAUUAAAACAACAGAGGGAACAACAACAGAAAAAUGGACCUAAGCAGGUGAAGAAAUAUAUUAAAAAGAGUACUCUAUUUGGCCAUUUGGAAACUACUGAAGAGAGAAGAGCUACACUUUUGUCAUUAACGAGUGCAAUUACUUCCUCGCAAAUUUCACGAAUAACAGCCGGCGGUUUAAUGGUCCCCACCAUUACUAGCGAGCCUAUGGCGCCCGCUACCACUGCAUCAUCAGGUGGAUCUGCAUCUUCAGAUGACAAUGCUCCAACAACAGAACUGGCAAAAUCGUUAGCGUCGAUGACUUUAGAUUCAGAGGAAUUCUCCGUCGUUCCAGGUAUGACAUCUAUCACACCACAUGCCAGUGAGCAACUAUUUGAUUCGCAACAAUCGGUAUCUUCCAUUAGAGAACUGUUGAUUAAUAAGGAUUUAGUACACCCUUCCAUUAUAUUGCUAACUUUCCAAUUGGCAAAUUACAAGAUUGUUGGAUCUAUCCCCAGAUGUAUUGCUAUGUUAGAGGCAUUCCAAAAUGUGGUCACUGAUUAUGAAACUCCACAAGGUACUACUUUGUCUCGUAAUUUGACCAAUUACCUAUCGCAUCAAAUCGAUAUUCUAAAGAAGGCCAGACCAUUGAGUGUUACCAUGGGUAAUGCCAUCAGGUGGUUAAAACAAGAAAUUUCUGUGAUAGACCCAUCUACACCUGAUAAAGAGGCCAAACAAAUCUUACGUGAAAAGAUUUCCCAAUUUGCUCGUGAAAAGAUUGAAUUUGCAGAUCGUCUUAUCAUCGAGAAUGGUUCGCAACACGUCGAGAAUGGAUCCAUUAUUGUCACUUACGGUUCUUCUAAAGUGCUUACAGAUCUAUUAAUCUACAAUGCUGUCGAACUAAAGAAAGAUUUCCAAGUCAUUGUGGUGGAUUCUAGGCCACUUUUUGAAGGUCGCAAGAUGGCAGACCAAUUGAGACGCCAUGGUGUGAACGUCCUUUAUGCAUUGAUCACAAGUUUAGAUGCAAUUUUCAACAUGAAUGUGGAUUAUGUUUUCCUAGGAGCGCAUUCGAUUUUGUCAAAUGGAUUCUUAUACUCUAGGGUGGGUACCGCCAUGCUAGCUAUGUGCGCCAAGAGACGAAACAUUCCAGUGCUUGUAUGCUGUGAAAGUUUGAAAUUCUCUCAAAGGGUUCAAUUGGAUAGUGUUACCCUAAAUGAGUUAGCUGAUCCUAAUGAUCUGGUUACUGUCCAUCCUGAUAACUGUUCAGUCGAACAUUCGCAAAAGGAUCUAUUGAGUCAAUUUAUCAAAGAGCGUACCGAACAUAAGAAAAUGUCAAACCAAGAAAACAAGCCCAACGGUAAAUCUACAUCAUCACGGUCAUCGUCAUCCACAUCAACAUCCGCACCAUCUACAAAUACCACAACGGAAAGUGCGGACAAAAAUAUCUUGGACGGCUGGCGAAAUAUGCACAGUUUAAACAUCGUCAAUAUCUUGUAUGAUUUGACACCACCGGAGUACAUCAAGAAAAUCAUAACGGAAUUUGGAUCGCUACCGCCAUCUUCAGUGCCAGUUAUUCUACGAGAGUACAAGAGUCUAGCAUGA